AUGACAAGCACACAACAUGAUGACAGUAGUGGAGCACCACCGCAUGUUUGUGCUGUGUGUGAAUCCACCAAUGUCCAAGUGUGCACUGGUUGUCUAUCCGUGUACUAUUGUGGUGCUGAGCAUCAGAUGCAACACUGGCCAACACACAAGACUCAAUGUGCAUUGCUCAACAACCGGUCCGAUCUUGUAGGUCGCGCCGAGAAGUCAAAGCUAGUACGCAAGCAGUUUGAGUCACGUGUAGUCAUAUCGCCACAGGUUCAGCAACAGAUACAAGCUCAACAACUCCAACAACAGCAACAGCAACAGCAACAACAGGUUCAGCAACAACUUCAAGCUCAACAGCAGCAACAGCAGCAACAACAGCAACAACCACAAAUAUCACCUCCGCCACAAAAGAGACAGAUACAGCCUCCGCCUGCUUCAGCCGUGCCACCCUCACCCGCCAGCGGCGCGCCAAUCUUUGGCGCGUCAAAGUCUUCGCCGGCUACACCCUCACCCUCACCCUCGCCCUCACAGACACCCUCACAGACACAGCAGACACAGCAGACACAGACACAGCCAAGUAGUAUUAGGAGUAUGAAUAGGACAGCUGGCAAUAGUAAUAACAAUAAUGAGUUGUCGGAGAAGGAGAAGAUGGAUAGGAAGUUGGAGAGAGAGAAGUUUAUGACGAGGGGCGUGCUGCCGCAACUGCAACAACAACAGCAAUUGAAACAACAACAGAUACAACGUGAGAAGGAUGCUCGUGAUAAUAAGGAUGCAUUCAUUCAACAACAUCAGUUGUUGUCGCGAUCAGCUGGAACGGUGCCAAAUUCAAGACCACAGGUGGCGACCAGUCCAAGUCCGCCACAGAGCGCGCCAAACACUGCGCCUCUCCCCAAGAAGCCUGGACCGCCACAGGCGUCACAAUCUCCGGCCGCCAGCUCCGCGCUGUCCGAGUCGUCAGGAAGCACCAGCAGCAGUCUCAACUCUUCAACGUCAAGCACAACGUCCAUGACUUCAGGAGGCGGCGGUGGCAAUCUGAGCGGAAGUCUCAGCGGGUCAUUCAGGGAGAGGCUUAUGAUGUCGGGGGCAUCAGCUAUCCCCUCGCCGCCCAGCGCCAGCAACUCACCAUCAACAUCAAUGUCCAAUCUACAGCCUGGCGACAGUCCAACCUCAAUAACUCAAUCACAACAACAACAGUCACAGUCACAGCAACAACAAUCAUUACCAAACCAACAGAUGAUCACAUCACCUCCGACUUCAACAACAGACAAUGUAAAGAGCAUUCAAAGCCGAUUGAACCAGCUCAACCUGACCAUGCCAAGUGGGGGUGGUCCUCCACCUGGCUAUCGUCGCUCAGUCAUCCCGACCGCUGCAAUGGCCGAGCAGCAACAGCAACAGCAGCAGACUACUGGCACAUCGAUGAGUGCCCCUCAAACACCACCUGGCACCUCGAUGGCCUCUGUGGACGCCAUGCUCAUGCAGCUUCAGAUGGGCAACAAUGCCGCGACCACCAGCAGCGCGACACAGCAGCAGUCAUCGGCCACGCCAGCCAACUCACCUCAGACCACCACGACCACGGUGGUAGUGGCGGCGCCGAGCUCGAAUGUAUCGACUUCAAUCGCGUCUUCGGCCUUUCCAACAGUUCCGGCCAACUCAAAUGCGCCAAAACCCACUUCAUCCGCAGCGCCAGGCGGACCGGCCAGCACGUUUGUGCCACAGUCCAAGGUGGUGCGAUCGCACAAGAAGAAUCAGUCGAUGCCAGAUAUAUCGCAGACUUUGGUGACCGCACGUGUAGACGACGAUGACAGCGACGAUGAACAUGGCAGCUCGGAUGAUGUCGUGCAAUUUAAAGAGCGUCACCGACCACGAGGUCUGCGCUACAAGGACGUCGACUUUGAAUCGACGACAGGACAAGUGGAGUACAAGCCUCGCGAGUUUGAUGGAACCUACACCUACAGUGAACCAACCCGACCAAUAAUUACACCAAUCACAACAUUGCCGAUAUCAUCAUAUUCAACAUCAUCACAAUCAUCACAAUCAUCACAAUCAUCGACUUUCCAGGAGGCAGCACCGCUUGGAACAACACAGCGAUCAGAAUACACACCCUUGGUUGAUCAACCGCAACAACAACAACAGGGCAAUGCUUUGAACCCAGAUGGCGAGGCGCCCACCUCUGGCUCACGUAUCGCCGGAACAUUCAGCAUCAUCAAGAAGAAGGCGGGUGUCGUCUCAGCCAUGACAAAGAACAAAGUGUCCGAAGUGGCACAAAAGGCCAAGAAGUCACUCAACAAGGAUGAGAAUGCCACAGCGACUACAACAACAACUCCAGCUAACAAUACCUCGGCUGCUUCGAAUAAUGCGGCCACAUCGGAUACAAAGAUAUUUGGACAACCUCUGAGAGUUGGUGUGCAGCGAUCGGCCCGAGCACAUCCAUUGAUGCCCGAUCUGAUAUUCAAGUCAUUGGAGUAUCUUCGUGAGAAGGGCACUCAGGAGGAGGGCCUGUUCCGUAUCAGUGGUAGUGCGGCAGCAAUCUCCAAGACCAGGGAGGAGUUUGACAGUGGCCAGGACGUCGACCUGAACGCCCAGCUCGACCCGCACGUCGUCACGGGCAUCCUCAAGCUGUACCUGCGACAGAUACCUGAGACGGUGUUCACCGAGGACUUCCCCGACGAGUUGGACAAUUUGCGAGAGGGCGGCAACUCGCCCGACGCCAUAUCGAUGCGUAUCAGUGGAAUCACGGCCAUUCUAAAGCUGCUGCCCGAGGCCAACCGUUGUAUACUGCAUCAUCUGUGCUCACUGCUGAACCUUGUGGCGUUUGAGCCCACUACCAAGAUGACCACCGUCAAUCUGGCCAUCAUCUUUGCACCAACCCUUGGAUGUCCUGUCGAAGUAAUGACCGUCAUGAUCGACUACUAUGAGCCAAUAUUCUCCAAACAGACAUAUGGAUACAUCAACUCAUAG